UAACUCAAGGUAGAUACAGUAUAGAAGACAAGGGAAAUGGAGUCUUCUAUGUGACCAUCAAGAACCUGAUGAAGACAGACUCUGGGACCUACUGGUGUGGAGUGGAGAGAUAUGGCCCAGACACAUACCAAGAGGUGCAUCUCACAGUUACAGAUGGUCUGAUGGUGUGGACCAGUGUUGGUCUGGUAGCCAAGGUGACAGUGUUAGGACUGGUCCUGCUCCUGUUCUACAGACAGAGGAGAGGAACCAGGAGAACACCACCACCAGUCUCCUCCAACACACAACCUGACCCUACUGGAGAGGUUGACUGUAUGUAUGAGGAGAUCAGAGAGGCAGACAGACAGACACACACACUACCUGUGGUCAUCUCUUCAGUCUACUCUACUGUCAACUCACCUACCAACUCUACAACCUACCCUGCUGACCAAGCCUCUACAACCAACCCUGCUGGCCAAACCUCUACAACCUACCCUGCUAGCCAAGACUCUACAACCUACCCUGGUUGUCAUGGUGACGGUGACUAUGAGGAGAUAAUGGAGCGCCCCCUAAGGUCAGACUCAGGCGCUGCGACCUCCACCAUCUACGCCACCGCCAACUUACCCACAAGUCACUCUGACUCUCUCCACUACGCCAGCGUCAACUUCCACAAGAACCCCAGUGGCCCCAACGAAGCCACUGACACCAUCACUAAAGAGGGCAGCUGCCCCAAUGAAACCACCGCUGCCAUUACUACAGAGGGCACUUCAUCAUGUGACUAUGCUACUGUGAACAAAAGCCCCGCCUACUCUACUGUCAAUCAUCCACACAGCUGCUCUGAGGCUCCUCCCAUCUACUCCACAAUCAGCAAACCCAGAGACACUUGA